UAAACACACCUUAGGAGGUGAGGGACAGGAAAAUGAGGCGCGCUGUGAGAACAGGUGCACUACCACAAACAUUGGCUGUGUCUCAAAUUCACCAAGCACUUCUGCUUUGCAUCAUGAGUCUGAUUGGAUUCCUGGAGCUCAUCGCAUAAACUGACAGGGAUUUUAUGCAGUAGCUGUUGGCGCUCGUGCACCAGUGCUGGAGUCAGCCUACGCCCACUGAAUUUAUACCGCCCCCUCCUCUAUCCUCCGGUGCACAGGACGGAGAACCCGAAGGAGACGCGUCCGUGCAGAGCUACUGCCAUCGCUGGGAGUAUUCCGCUUUCGUUCAUAGAAAGUCUCCGAAUCCGUCUCGAACGACAAAGAUGGAUGAAAUGGAAGAGGAGUUAAAAUGCCCGGUGUGCGGCUCGUUUUUCCGCGAGCCUAUCAUCCUGCCCUGCUCGCAUAAUAUCUGCCUGGCCUGCGCGAGAAACAUCCUUGUGCAGACGCCCGACGCUGAAUCCCCGCAGAGCAGCCGCGCGUCCGGCUCCGGCGUCUCCGAUUAUGAUUACUUAGACCUGGAUAAGAUGAGCCUGUACAGCGAGGCGGACAGCGGAUACGGCUCUUACGGCGGGUUCGUGAGCGCACCGACCACCCCGUGCCAGAAGUCCCCCAACGGAGUGCGAGUUUUCCCCCCUACCGUGCCUCCUCCUCCCCAGGCACAACACCACCUGCUGCCUCACACAGGCGUCCUGCCGCCUGUCCCGCGGAACUCCUGCCUCACCUGCCCGCAGUGCCACCGCAGCUUGACGCUGGACGACCGGGGGCUCCGGGGCUUCCCCAAGAACCGCGUGCUCGAGGGAGUGGUGGACCGGUACCAGCAGAGCAAAGCGGCCGCGCUCAAGUGCCAGCUGUGCGAGAAGAGUCCCCGCGAGGCGACGGUCAUGUGCGAGCAGUGCGACGUGUUCUACUGCGACCCAUGCCGCCUCCGGUGCCACCCGCCCCGGGGUCCUCUGGCCAAACACCGGCUCGUGCCGCCGGCGCAAGGCAGAAUCAGCCGCCGCACGAGCCCCCGGAAGAUCUCCACCUGCACCGAGCACGAGCUGGAGAACCUGAGUAUGUACUGCGUCCAGUGUAAGACUCCCGUGUGCUACCAGUGUCUGGAGGACGGCAAACACUCCACUCAUGAGGUCAAAGCGCUGGGGGCCAUGUGGAAGCUCCACAAGACCACAAAUGAAAGUGGAGGUCUCUCGGCGGAUGGUUGUCAUAGCAAUGGACAGCUCUCUCAGGCGCUGAAUGUUCUGUCUGAUCGUGCCACGGAGGCCAAAGAGUUCCUGGUGCAGCUCAGAAAUAUGGUACAACACAUACAGGAGAAUGGAGUCGAAUUCGAGGCAUGUUUGGUUGCCCAAUGUGAUGCUCUGAUUGAAGCUCUCAACCGCAGGAAAGCUCAGCUUCUCAGCAGAGUAACCAAAGAACAUGAACACAAACUCUCAGUGGUUCGUGAUCAGAUAUCUCACUGCACGGUGAAGUUGAGGCAGACCACAGGACUAAUGGAGUACUGUCUGGAGGUUAUCAAAGAGAACGACCCCAGCGGCUUCCUGCAGAUCUCAGAUGCUCUGAUAAGACGGGUCCAUAUGACAGAGAAUCAGUGGGGGAAGGGCUCUCUCACCCCUCGCAUGAGCAGUGACUUUGACCUGACGCUGGACAGCGGACCCCUGCUGCAGACCAUACACCAGUUAGACUUCGUUCAGAUGAAGGUUCCAGCUGCUCCUAUUCUUCAGUUAGAGGAGUGCUGUACUCAAACCAACAGUGCAACUCUGUCAUGGAAGCAGCCGCCUCUCUCCACCAUCGCUGUGGACGGCUACAUUUUAGAACUGGAUGAUGGGAAUGGAGGCCAGUUCAGAGAAGUGUACGUUGGUACAGAGAUGAUCUGCACUGUGGACGGUCUACACUUCAACAGCACUUAUAAGUCCCGUGUUAAAGCGUUUAACUCCAGUGGAGUCGGCCAGUACAGCAAAACGCUUGUCAUGCAGACAUCAGAAAUGAGUCUACCUUCAUAUGAUAGUAAAACUCUGGCAGCAGUUGCCUGGUUCACCUUUGACCCUGCAUCGGCCCACCCUGACAUCAUCUUGUCCAACGACAACCUCACGGUGACGUGUAACAGUUACGAUGACCGUGUUGUCAUGGGCAACACAGGGUUUUCUCGUGGUGUGCACUACUGGGAGAUGACCAUCGAUCGCUAUGACAACCACCCUGACCCUGCAUUUGGGAUUGCCCGGGCUGAUGUUAUGAAGGACGUGAUGCUUGGGAAGGAUGAUAAAGCCUGGGCCAUGUAUGUGGACAACAACCGUUCCUGGUUCAUGCAUAACAACUCGCACACCAACCGACGCUAUGGGGAAUGCCUCCAGAGUGACCGGUGUCUGAUGCACGUGUUAAAACUCGACAAUAUCAUUGGGCGACGACAGUCCAUGACAUCACUACCAAUGCGACUUACGGAUGGAGGAAUAAGUAAAGGGGCGACUGUGGGUGUGCUGCUGGACUUCUCUCGUGGGAUUCUGUUGUUUUUGAUAAAUGAUGAGCAACAGGGACCCGUUGCCUUCAACACACUAGAGGGCAUGUACUACCCAGCCAUCAGCCUCAACCGCAAUGUUCAGGUGACUCUUCAUUCUGGGCUGCCUAUUCCUGAUUUUUAUACACCUGGAGAGUCUGAAGCUGCAGGCUCAGUCUGCUGAAGAGUCCUUGACUGAUACACAUUCAUAUAUAGACACACAUGCACAUACAAGUGCACAUGGAUUCAGCUGUGAGUACUUGGCAAGGGGUUUGCUGCUGACAGUCAUUAAUAUAUGUUUUAACAAGGUCUGAGAGUUCAGAAAUGUAAAUGGACCUGAUUUAUGUGAGGGUUAGGGUUAACUGAACCCUAGCUUAACCCUAACCUUAACUCUGACCCUGAUGUAUGUGAGGUAAAUUAAUAUUGAAAUUCUUGAAUCAUUUUCCUCUUUCUUACUCUUUUUCUAGAUAUGAUUAUUAUAAUUAUUAUUGAUGUUGUCAUUGUUGUUUUUAUGGAAAAGGUGCUCAUGGAUGUGAACUCCAAGCUUACUGGAUCUUAACAGAUUCUGUUGUUUCAUGAUAAAAUCCUCUGUGUGAAGUUAAGCUUAGAAAUAAGUUACUGAUGUGUUAGACCUUAGAGGAUGAAUUUUACAUUACAUAGAAAUGUUCUGUUGCAUAUAAAGGUGAUUUUUAACUGCAGAUGGGGACAGAAACUAGAGUAUAAUAUCUGAUAUUACAACCUCCUUGUGCAUAUUAUUCCUCAGUUAAUCUUAUAUAUCCUAAACCCAAACCUAAACCCUAUCCUGAAUCUCAAACUGUAAACCUUGACCAAGCCCGAUCCCUUAACCUAAACUCUGUCAUAUUACACCUCAAUCAAAAUGAGAUAUUUCUAACCUCUCCACAUUCACAGUGGAUGAGCAAACAUACAAUUGGGACAAAUUAGAGAAUGCCAGAAUGAGCUGAAUGUGUGUCAGUGAGGAGGUAAUGGCUUUCUGUUUGUUGAACAGAAUAGAAAACACUAAUUGGGACACAAACACAUGCACACACACACACACACACAGGCAUUUCCACCGCCUUGCGUAACGUAUUAUGGAGAGAUGAGAAUGAAUAAACUUUUGUUUCUCUCUCUCCCUCUUUUAUUUUUCCUUUGCUGCCUCAAAUCUGCACAAGCUAAACGCAAAUGCUAAACAAAUAACUGGUGCUGCUUUUGCUCAAUGUGAGAAAAUAUUGCAAUAUAAAACAAUAGAGCUUCAAAGAGAGAACUUUAAACAAGACAGCGUACAUUGUAGCUGCUUGAAGCAUUGGCUAUAAGUUUACCAUAAAGGAUGUACUUUUGCAUUUAAAAAAAAAAAUAUUUAAAAUCCCACUGGUGGGGUUAAAAUAUGGAGCAGAUGGUUUAUGCUCUACAAACAACUGAAUGUUUGGGUGCGUGACUGGAAAAUUUCACCCAUUGUAAAUUGUAUUUUUUAAUAAAUUAAUCCCAAUAUAAGAAAUGUAUUAUUAUUAUUAUUGUGUCUGAAUUGUUGUUAUCUGUAAAGUUCUAUGCUCAAUAAACUGGAUUAGGUGCAAUAAAAAGCUGUCUGUCAUUUCCCUUCGAAAA